UCUGUUGAGGAGCACAAGUGGUCAGUAAUUCCAUCAAUCAAAGACACGGGCUGUGCAAUUGGGUGCAAUUGCAGCCCCAUAGUGACACCUGCGCAAAACAGUGCGCGGCUCAUUUCGCCUGCGCUCAGAAGAAGGAGCGCAGCUUAUGGUGGCGUUGUAUUAUUUAUGUAUUUGAUUCGGCUGCAGAAUGGAAUAAUAGAUAUUCAUUCUAACGACUUUUUCAGAGUCAUUUAUGGGCAGUAGUGGGAAGGAAACUGGAACGAAUUUAAGAAUCAAGGAGUCAAAGCCGAGGAGGGGAGGAUGAAGCGGCGCAAUGCGGACUGCAGUAAACUCCGGCGGCCGCUCAAGCGGAAUCGGAUAGCGGAGGGGAUAUACGGCAGCACGUUCCUGUACCUGCGCUUCGUGGUGGUGUGGGCCCUGGUGCUGCUGGCAGACUUCGUGCUGGAGUUCAGGUUCGAGUAUCUGUGGCCUUUCUGGCUAUUCAUCCGCAGCGUGUAUGACUCCUUCAGGUACCAGGGGCUGGUGUUCUCUGUGUUCUUCGUCUGUAUGGCCUUCACAUCUGACAUCACCUGCCUCCUCUUCAUCCCCCUCCAGUGGCUGUUCUUUGCUGCCAGCACAUACGUCUGGGUUCAGUAUGUUUGGCACACUGAGAGGGGCGUGUGUCUGCCCACAGUGUCUCUCUGGAUACUCUUUGUCUACAUAGAGGCUGCAAUCAGAUUCAAAGAUCUGAAGAACUUCCACGUGGACCUGUGCCGCCCAUUUGCUGCACAUUGCAUCGGCUACCCCGUGGUGACACUGGGCUUCGGCUUCAAGAGCUACAUGAGCUACAAGCUACGACUGCGGAAGCAGAGGGAGGUGCAGAAGGAGAACGACUUCUACAUGCAGCUGCUGCAGCAGGCGCUGCCCCCCGGACAGCAGCUCCUCCGCAGGCCGGAGGCGGAGCUUGAGGACGCUGCACCCACCAGGGCCGUGUCUGAACUGGACUCUAUAGCCACAUCACAGAAUGGUGGCCCAGUGGGGAAGAGGGUCUCGCCAACCUUGCCGGAGCUGGAGUACAGGGAGAGGUGCAAGGAUGGGAAGGACAUGCGCAAACAGGCUGCCGUGGCCCUGAGCGUGUCCAGCCACAUCCUGCCCUCUGUGGACUCCCGGUUGCAGGAACCGGAAUACAUGGAGCUUAAUGGCGGUCGGAGGCUGACUGAGGAGCUGACGGGUAGCACAGAGAACCUGCUGCUGAGGGAGGAGUUCGCUGAUUUCACCUCCUCCAGAAAUUACCGGAACGGCAGUGGAGGGGGUGUGGCCAACUCCUCGCCCCGCGGGCACAGUGCCACCAAUGGCAGUGUGCCACCAUCUGCCCCGCCCCCCGCCACAUCCAGCAAGAACGAGAAGAAGCAGAAGAGCGUGGCAGGGAAGGGCCCGACGGAGAGCUGCGUAGCCGGCGGCCAGCUGAGUCGGCCCGACACCCUCAUGCGGCUGGAGCAGGAUGUGAAGAAGCUGAAGGCAGAGCUGCAGGCCAGUCGGCAGUCGGAGCAGGAGCUGCGCACUCAGAUGGGCGCAGUGAGCAGCGCGGAGCGGGGCGCACGCGCCGAGCUCACGCAGCUCCGCCACGACAACGAGCUCCUGCAGAACAAGCUCCACAGUGCAGUGCAGGCCAAGCAGAAGGACCGGCAGGUGGUGUGCCAGCUGGAAAAGCGGCUGAAGGUGGAGCAGGAGGCGCGUGCCACCGUGGAGAAGCAGCUGGUGGAUGAGAGGAAGCGCAAGAAGCUAGAGGAGGCGGCGGGGUCGGUGCGGGCGGCGGUGUUGGCCACGGCCUCCAGAGGGGAGUGCCCGGAGGCGCUGCGGGGCCGUGUCCGUGAACUGGAGGCAGAGUGCAAGAAGCUCUCCCUGGACCUCAAGCUGAAGGAGGAGCAGAUGAGGGAGCUGGAGGUGCAGCUGCAGGAGCUACACAAGUACAAGGAGAACGAGAAGGAGACGGAGGUGCUGAUGUCAGCGCUGUCAGCCAUGCAGGACAAGACGCAGCACCUGGAGAACAGCCUGAGUGCGGAGACCCGCAUCAAGCUGGACCUGUUCUCCGCGUUGGGGGACGCGAAGAGGCAGCUGGAGAUCGCCCAAGGUCAGAUGCUCCAGAAGGACCAGGAGAUCAAAGAGCUGAAGCAGAAGAUCGCAGAGGUGAUGGCUGUCAUGCCCAGCCUGGCAUACGCAGCCAAUGGCAGCGGCCUGAGUGCGGUGGCCCCCCACUACUCCUCCAAAUUCAUGGACACGAGUCCCUCCGGCCUGGACCCCAACGCCUCGGUGUACCAGCCUCUGAAGAAGUGAAAGUGUGGUUGAGAGGGGGGGCCGGCGUCGUGCCAUGUGACCGCCCUGCCGAAAAGCCUGGGGGGGCGAGGCCUUUAUCACUUGCUUCCACCACCCGGUACAGUGACAGGCUUCCCACUGCACACCAGCCUGUGUUUUAAUAGUGCCUUGGCAUAAACACUGCCCCCAUACCUUAAUCUGAGCCAGUGAGGGCCUGCUGCUGAGGGGCCCCAGCCAGCCGCUUCCUACAAUCACACAUUUGCUGUAACACGGGGCUCUGUGCUGCCGUCGGGUGCCGAUCGUGGCUGAAAGUCACCUUGGCAUUUGCACCCAUCUUUUUGCAGUUGAAUGUUCAACUUUGUUUUUGUGCCAAGCGAGGACUUUUUAACUUAUUCAGUGUAACAUUUGUGUUUAGACAUGUUUGGCCAGUGCAUUAGGAAAUGGUGCUACACUGAACCUGGUAUAAUAUCUAGCAGGAGGUAGUAAAGCUGCACACUGGUUUGCAGUACACUGCAGAGGUGGUGAUCUCACUGUGAGGGGGUCAUUUCCUCUUUCCUCUCUACGCAUCGCACUCAGAGGAACACUGUCUGCACCCUCCUCUCAUGAAUCCCAGCCGCCCUCUCACCAGUCCGCUCAGCGGGGAAGGACUGACCCAGGGUAAAUCGGACUUUCUGCACCACCUGUUGAGCCCUCUUCCUCUCCAGAUCUGAUCUUUGCUGCCCUGUCGCUUCCUGUGAGGUUUACAAGGAAUAAAUUUUUUUUCUUGUAA